AUGACUUCAAAAUCAAAGAAGUUUUUAAAAGUUAUUGAUGGUCUUCGUGCGUGGAAUUUAGCUGCUACUAUUUCGGUUUUGAAAAGUGACCAUUUUCACCUUGGCACUGUCGCAGAAUAUGGGUUUCCGUUUCAACCAACAUGCAUGACGUUUGACCCUGUUCAACGAAUCUUAGCCAUAGGAACCAGAAGGGGGUGCAUUAAGUUGUUUGGAAGACCAGGAGUCGAGUUUCAUCUCGAACAUCCAUCCCCUGCUGAAGUGCUCCAGCUAAUAUUUCUCGUAAACGAAGGGGAAAGCGGAGUAUCGGCGCGGUAUUGUUACCACUUCCGCUACCGGGUUUCAUCUUUUCGCGACUAUGUUGUUUACUUCAGACUUACCUGCGGCUACCUCGCAGUCAGCAGCUCCUGGCUCGGCGUCGGAUCGGAGCAGGGCAACGUGCAUUUCGUGAACGUGCAGCAGUUCACUACUUCCGGCUACGUGAUAAAUUGGAACAAAGCCAUCAAUCUGUACGUCUUUUUUAAUAAAAUUUCUUUAUCAACUCAAAAUAAUACCCAGGGCAGCGUUCGACCUCAGACACACCACCUGUACAUUUUUAACAUGGAUAUUGGUAAUCAAUUAUUCACAAUCUAUGAUCACCCGUGCAUUAAAGCGUGA